CGCGGAACAUUUCCUUUUGCUCUGGCUGCCCCGGUCGCGCCGUGCCUCCCCAUCGGCCACUGGUGACGGCGUGGCGGCAACGGCGUCAGGGACCGAAAAGGAAAGCCGAGGUGGAGGCGGAGGAGGAGGAGGGGCGAGGGUGGGUGGGAGAGGAGGGGCAGCAGCAGCCAGCUACGGCCGACCCCUACACCGCAGCGGCCUCACCGCGCCUCCAUCCCUUGCCAUUUUUGCUCGGCCGAUCGGGGGAGGUUUUCUGAGUCUGGUUUGGUUCUAGGCUAGAUUUGCGGCGGCACGGGAGGAGGAGGAAAAAUGGUGCGGGGGAAGACGCAGAUGAAGCGGAUAGAGAAUCCGACGAGCCGGCAGGUGACCUUCUCCAAGCGCCGCGGGGGGCUGCUGAAGAAGGCCUUCGAGCUCUCCGUCCUCUGCGACGCCGAGGUCGCCCUCGUCGUCUUCUCCCCCCGCGGCAGGCUCUACGAAUUCGCCAGCUCCAGCAUGAAGAACACGAUUGAACGAUAUAAGACAGUCACAAAGGAUAAUAUCAACAGACAGACGGUACAGCAAGAUAUAGAGAAAAUAAAAGCUGAUGCCGAGGGCUUGUCAAAGAAGCUUGAUACCCUUGAAGCUUGCAAAAGGAAACUUUUGGGUCAAAAUUUGGAAGAAUGCUCUAUUGAAGAACUGCAAAGCUUGGAGGUCAAAAUUGACAAAAGCCUCCUAGGCAUCAGGGCAAUGAAGACUCGGCGGUUUGAAGAGCAGCUCUCUGCGUUGAGGCUCAAGGAGACGAAGUUGCGGCAGGACAAUGAAGAUCUGUAUAUCCAGUGCCAGAAGGAGCAGCACCUUGAGUUGGAGGCGCCCCCUGCUCCGGUGACCAUGGCGGAGCAGGGCCAGGACGACGCGGUUGAAGUGGAGACGGACCUAUUUCUUGGACUGCCCGGCACCGGCCGCCCCUGAGAUGGAGUCUCCAGGCUUUGGAGGAAAAUGCCCAGAAUAAGCUGGCCAUGGAGUUGCAAGCAGCAGCAAGCAAUCGAUGCGGACGGCGUAUAUAGAUAUAAACCCUGUGGAGCCGAAACCUUGAGAGUACAUACAUGAGUUAGUUGA